UUACCAACUUACCAUACCAUUCUUGUCUUCAAUCUAAAUCAUACUAUAGCAAAAGUUGACUUUGAGAAGCAAUUAGAGAAGCAAGAGAUGGUUGAGCCUAUUAUUCCCACAAUUGAUCUCUCUCCUUUCCUCAAAGAAAACAAGGAUGACAAUAAAAAGAAAGCCAUGGAAACAAUCACAAAAGCAUGUUCUGAAUAUGGUUUCUUCCAAAUUGUGAACCAUGGUAUUUCUUUAGAUUUGAUGAAACAAGCCAUGGAGUUAUCCAAAACAUUUUUCAAUUACUCAGAUGAAGAAAAGAAUAAGAGCAGUCCUUCUUCUAAUGCUCCACUUCCUGCUGGCUAUAGUAGACAGCCAUCACACUCACCAGACAAAAAUGAAUACUUGCUUGUUUUUCCUCCAAGAUCUAACUUCAAUGUUUACCCUGAAAAUCCUCCUCAGUUAAGGGAAGUAGUUGAAGAACUAUUUGCACAAACGAGCAAGAUUGGAGUGGUGAUAGAGAACAUUAUAAAUGAGUGUUUAGGCCUCCCUCCCAAUUUCCUCAAAGAAUUCAACAAUGACAGAAGCUGGGAUAUCAUGGUGGCAUUUCGUUACAUUCCAGCUUCAAACAACGAAAAUGUCGGACUCAGGGAGCAUCAAGAUGUCAACUGUGUUACCUUAGUUCUUCAAGAUGAAGUAGGAGGUUUGGAAGUCCUUAGCAAUGAAGAAUGGGUUCCUGUUGUUCCUGCAGAAGGCACCAUAGUGGUUAAUGUUGGUGAUGUUAUUCAGGUCUUGAGUAACAAAAAGUUCAAGAGUGCAUCUCAUAGAGUUGUAAGAAAAGGAGAAAAAAGCCGGUACUCAUUUGCGUUCUUCCAUAACUUAAAUGGAGAGAAAUGGGUUGAACCAUUACCACAAUUCACCAAAGAGAUUGGGGAAUCACCAAAGUAUAGAGGAUUCCUUUAUAAGGAGUAUCAAGAGCUAAGAAUGAGGAACAAGACACAUCCACCUUCUAGGCCAGAGGAUAUAAUCAACCUUACUCAUUAUGCAAUUGAUGACUAGAUUCUUGUCUCUAGACACUUGUGUUUUGUGUGGAUUCAACUUAAAAAUAAAGAUGAUAUACUUCCACUGUUUCAUUUCAUGAUUGUUUGUGAUGUUUCAAUUGUUUCUCAAAUGGCACAAAAGACAUGUAAGCUAUGUUGAGUAAUACAAUCUUAUCUAAAAUUAUAGUCUUUUUUUUGGUAUA